GGUCCCGGGCGCCCCCCCGCCCAAUGUCACUGAGCCCUCUAUGUCACUGCGACCUCUGCGGGGGCCUGCAGGGUGCGCGGGGCGCCACACGGGGUCCUCUCAGCCCCCAGACUCGGUGAGGGCCGCCAGGAACAAUGAAGGUCCUUUUACUGAAGGACCCUAAAGAGGACGAGUGUGGCCAGGACCCGUAUGUCAGGGAGUUAGGCCUGUGUGGGCUGGAAGCCACUCUGAUCCCUGUUCUGUCGUUCGAGUUCUUCUCUCUGCCCAGCUUCUCAGAGAAGGUAAGAUCCCUCCCUCCAAGUUACUUUGUGUCUGUAGAAUCUUUGCUGGUCCCCGCUAGGCGGCCCUUUGAUACCCUGUCACUGCCCCACCAAACUGAAACAAGGGGACCCCAGCCUCGCCGGGCUCUGGGAGACAGCUGCUGGCAGCUCUGGGAUGUGCAGCUCGGUAAGCAGGACUUGUGUUUUCCAGCCUGGAAGAGCUCUCUGAGAGCCAAGUGGGACGCAAAGCCCGUGUACGUGGUGGGAAGCACUACGGCGUGUCUGGGUAAGCGGCUGGCGUUCCAUCUCUUCCCCUGUGGGACCCUCAAACGCGAGACUCUGCCGAAAAUGCUGAAGGACCAUGGGGUCCCCCUGGAGAGUGUCACCGUCUACCGAACGAUCCCUCACCCAGGGAUCAAGGGCAGCCUGAGGAGCUACUUCUCCAAGCAGGGCAUCCCCGCCAGCAUCGCCUUCUUCAGCCCCUCGGGCCUGACGUACAGCCUCCAGCACAUCCAGGAGCUAUCUGGGGACAGCAUUGAGCAAAUCAAGUUUGCAGCCAUUGGCCCAACCACAGCGCACGCAUUGGCCACCCAAGGCCUGCCCACGAGCUGCAUGGCCGAGAGCCCCACACCAGGAGCCCUGGCUAAGGGCAUCCAGAGGGUGCUCCAGCCCCCCGACUGCUGCUGACCAGCCGCCGCUCCCUCGGAUGGGGUGAAUGACUGGUGUCUGCCUGCGUCCUGAGUGGGGUCCUAGGGACAGGGAUCCGGGAUAGGACCUGGACCGGCAGCUGGCCUUCACGCACAUGAUGCCCCACCACAGGGGACCCCCGGGAACCAGAAACUCAAAGCAAACCUGCUCAUGUGGGGUCCCUGUAGGAAGGACAGGCAGACUGCCCUGCCCCCCUGGGUUUCUGAAGCUGUAAAUCUUUACAGAGGUGGACUGCCUCCUCUUUCUCCCUCGGAGCAGCUGGUGGGUUUGAACUGCCGACUUCCCUGUCAGCAUCCCCCCAAUAAACCCACAGGAAUGUG